UCCCGCGGGGCCCGGCGGUGGCGGGGGGACCGGGGGCGCGUCGCUGCUCCAUGUCGGUCCCGUCCUGCGGGAAAUAUGAUCAGCGCCCCUGAUGUGGUGGCCUUCACCAGGGAGGAGGAGCUGGAGGAUGAUCUGUACCGCGAGCCUCCCCUGCCCGAGGAGUACUCGGUGCCGCUGUUCCCCUUCGCCGGCCAGGGCGCCAACCCCUGGGCCAAGGUCGCUGGCUCCAAGUUCACCCGGGACUUCAUCCUCAUCUCCGAGUUCUCGGAGCAAGUGGGGCCCCAGCCCCUCCUGACCAUCCCCGAUGACGCCAAAGUGUCGGGCACCUUCGAUCUCAAUUAUUUUUCCCUGCGGAUCAUGUCUGUGGAUUACCAGGCAUCCUUCGUGGGGCACCCUCCCGGCUCUGCCUACCCGAAGCUGAACUUUGUGGAGGACUCCAAGGUGGUGCUGGGGGACUCCAAGGAAGGAGCCUUUGCCUACGUGCACCACUUGACCCUGUAUGACCUGGAAGCCAGGGGCUUUGUGAGGCCCUUCUGCAUGGCCUAUAUUUCUGCUGACGAGCACAAAAUCAUGCAGCAGUUUCAGGAACUCUCCACCGAGUUCUCCAAAGCCUCCGAAUGCCUGAAGACGGGGAACCGGAAAGCUUUUGCCAACGAGCUGGAAAAGAAACUGAAAGAUCUUGACUACACCAGGACCGUCCUGCACAACGAGACUGAGCAACAGAAGAAAGCCAACGACAAGGGGUAUUACACAACCCAGGCUAUUGAGAAGGCCAACGAGCUGGCCAGUGUGGAAAAGUCAAUCAUCGAGCACCAAGACCUGCUGAGGCAAAUCCGGUCGUAUCCCUACAGGAAGCUGAAGGACUCUGAAUUCCAUCCCUACGAGCCAGAGUGUGCCCUGGAGCGGGCUGACGUGGGCAGCGAUCAGGACCCGACUGCCUCUGAGCCUGGAGAAACUCAUCUUUACACCCACGUGCCAUCCUACACCCCCAAACUCAUCAAGGCCAAGUCUGCCAAGUGCUUUGACAAGAAGCUGAAGACACUGGAGGAACUCUGUGAUGUUUAUUUUUUCACCCAGACCCUUGACCAGUUGCACCAUAUUGAGAGGACUUUUCGAGGUGAUGUGUGUUACCUCCUGACAGAGCAGAUCAGCCGGGCUCUCCUAAAGCAACAGAGUGUCACCAACUUCCUCUUUGAGGAUGUGUCUUUUCUGGAUGAAAAACCUCCUGAGAAACAGUACAGAGGCUGCCAGGAGCUCGGCCAAGGUCCCGUAGAUGAAAAGUGUUCAGAAGAAUCCUUUGCUCCUACAGUUGUCAUCAGCCUGGGCUCAUACAAGUCCAGUGUGGAGUGUGUGCCCAUCAAGAUGGAGCAGGAAAUGGAGGACUCUGAAGAACCCAAGAUGUCUGAGUCAGUAAUGUCUGAGCACCAGGAGAACCUGGACUACCUGGACGCAGAUAUCAAAGGCAGCAUCAGCAGCGGGGAGAGCAUCGAGGUGCUGGGAACGGAGAAGUCAGGAACUGGACUGACAAAAUCAGAGAGCCAGGCCAGCCUGCCCGUUAUCCCCAGCCCCCAGGCGGGCCGCAGCAAGGUGGGCAGCCGGCGCACGGUCAGCGAGGACAGCAUCGAGGUGCUCAGCACGUGUCCCUCCGAGUCCCUCAUCCCCGAGGAUUUCAAAGCGAGCUACCCAAGUGCCAUUAACGAGGAGCCCUACGUGGAUGACGACGAGGGAGGCCUUCGCUUCACCCCCAGACUGAACCCCGCCGUCGAUGACGGGCAGGACGACAUCUCAAAGCAGGAAAGCUUAGUGCAGGUGGAUGCUGCCUGUUGUAUCGGGAAGGAGAGCCCCAACUUCCUGGAGCCCUUGGCCGAGCUGGCGCAGAAGCCGUGCGAGGAGGACGGCGUGGUGCGGAUCCCCCCGCAGCCGUACCGGCCGGCAGAGCCGGGGCUGCGCGGGGGCUUCCCCUCCCACGACGGCCUCUCAGGGGGGCUCCUGCCCUACGAGCUCGACUCACGCUACCUGACAGGCAGCAGGGAGGUGAGUAAGAGCAGCCUGGACGAGUGCUCGGACUCCACCAGCUACAUCAGCAGCGCUGCCUCCACGUGCUCCGACAGGACCCCCUCUCCCGCCCACCUGGGCUGCGCGGCCGGGGAGAGGCACAGGAAGAGGGCAGGGCAGAACGCGCUGCGCUUCAUCCGCCAGUACCCCUUUGCCCACCCCGCCAUCUACUCCCUGCUCAGCGGGAGGACCCUGGUCGUGCUGGGGGAGGAUGAGGCCAUGGUCAAGAAGCUCGUGACGGCGCUCUCCAUCUUCGUGCCCAACUGCGGCGUGCACGCCAAGCCCGUGAAGCACUGGGUCACCUCCGCUCUGCACUUGGUGGAUUUCCAGAAGUGGAAGUUGAUUGGACUCCAGAGGGCAGCGUCCCCUGCCGGGGUGAACGUGCUGCACGCCCUGAGCCGCUACAGCCGCUACCUGAGCAUCCUGGACGCCGACAGCAAGACCCUGCGCUGUCCCCUCUACAAGGGCACCGUGGUGGCCCGGCUGGCCGACCACCGCACGCAGAUCAAGCGUGGCAGCACCUACUACAUGCACGUCCAAAGCAUCCUCACCCAGCUGUGCUCUAAAGCCUUCCUCUUCACCUUCUGCCAUCAUUUGCACCUUCCCAUCAGCGAAAGGGAACCGGAGGAAUCCGUCGUGAAUCGCAGGAUGAACUUCCUAAAGCUUCAGCUGGGCCUUGCUAAUGAAGAUGUCAAAAUCGUGCAGUACUUGGCUGAGCUGCUGAAGCUGCACUACAUUCAGGAACCGGGGCAGGAGGGGAACCCCCUGCUCAGAUUUGACUAUGUUCCCAGCUUUUUGUACAAAAUCUAGCCUUGCACAGGCUGUGUGCUCGGGGUCUGACAGAGCUCAUCCGUGCUUGACAUUGCCGCUGUCUGCAGUAGCUCUCACACGCUGGGGAGGGGCUGAGGUGUUGGUGUCUCUGCUCUGCAGAAAUCCAGGUCUGCAGGAGCAGAUUUCUGGCUGUUCCCUCUAGCCAAAAGUGUAGAUGUUCCAUCACAUAAACCAUCGUUGAAGUGGGUCAUGGCAGCAUCCCAGAGGGGUCAUGGCAUGAGGGGAGGUGGGGUCAGUACUCAGGGGUCAGUACUGACAAGUGUGCAGCCCCCCAUAGAGCACAGUGUCCUGCACGCUCCUGCCAGAACCCUGAGCACUGGCAGUCCCUUCCACAGAGCCAGGGCUGUGACUGGAGGUGUAAAGGCCAUGUGAAGUUUUGUGUCCACUGAUGUGUCUGUCCUGUGAGUGUAGCUCAGAGCCCCCUGGCAGGGCAGCAGUUCACAGGUCUGUGCACAGCCACAGUGCUUGGCGUCCCUUCCUGCACUUCCUGAGUUUCUGGGCACUUCCCAGGUUGUUCCUGGGUGAGUGGGAGCACAGCAGAGGCACACAUGCUUCUCUCCAGAAGGGGUUUCCCAGUUUCUCCCAGCUUUGUUCACUCCAGGAAGGUGGAAGCACUCCCUAAGGCUGCGAGCCCGAGGCGCCGGCCGCUGUGAAUGUAGAGCACUGUGCCUUGUUCAUCUGUCAUGUCCCAUUUGCUGGGCAAGCUGAGCAGGCUGGAGGGAGACUGGGAAUCCUCAGAGUGUGUGAGGUGGCUUUUUAAAGACAGAAGGGAACUGAAGGAGGGUGAGGGCUCUCUUU